AUGAACAACCAGGUCCUCCUGGCCUUGGUGGUUAGGAUAUCCAUCGCCGUGUUUACUAGAACAUUCUUCCAGCCGGACGAAUACUUUCAAGCCUUAGAGCCUGCACAUGCCCUUGUGUUCGGAUAUGGACAUGUUACUUGGGAAUGGUUGACCGUCCUACCGAUCCGAAGUGUCAUUUACCCCAGUUUGAACGCGCCUCUCUUCUGGCUGGUGAAGGUACUGCAUCUGGAUGAUGCUGCCAUCGGAGACCUACUGUUGAUCACAGGACCUCGGCUGCUUCAUGGAUGCAUUGCGGCAGUCACGGAUAUCUGGAUUGCCUUGCUAGCUAAGAAAAUUGCUGGUGAGCGAUAUGCAUCAACCUCGAUGGCAAAGCUCGUCCUUUCAUUGCUCUCGACCUUCAACGCUCUCAGUCUGUCGAGAUCGCUUUCUAAUUCAAUGGAAACAUCUUUAACGACUGUUGCGUUUUCCUAUUUCCCAUGGGAUAGUAGUGCGAAUCUCAGCCACGUACUGCUAUUUGACAGGAAGGCACUACGCAAAUCCCUUGCAUUUGCUGCUUUGGCUUGCGCAGUACGGCCGACGAAUGCCGUGAUAUGGGUUUUCUUGUACGGCAAUCUGGUCUGGCAACUACGGACUCGUCCCAGAGCCUUGGGCGCAUUUUUGGCAGACGUAGCAAGCACAGGGUUACUUAUCCUAGGUCUUCAGUUCGUGCUGGAUUCAGCUUACUAUGGCAAGCCAACGUUCACACCACUGAACUUCUUUCUGACAAAUCUAUCCUCCGUUUCGAACUUCUAUGGCGGCAAUCCAUGGCACUUCUACCUGAGCGCUGCGCUGCCAAUACUGGGUGGCACUUGUCUCCCUUUCGUGCUGCUGGGUGUGCGGUCUGCUUUCAAAGAUAGCAAAAGGGACUCUGGGUCUCUGCAACUAGCUUCGUACACCAUUGGCUGGACGAUUGCUAUAUACUCGCUCUCCAGGCAUAAAGAGUGGCGGUUCAUACACCCGAUCCUCCCACUUCUUCAUAUCUUGGCUGCAAAGUGGCUCGUGGAUAAUUCUGACCAGCAUAGUCGCGCGCGAGGCAAACUCAAGCCAAAAAGCGCGGCACAAAGUUGGACGCGUGUGCUACCUCCUCUCCGAAAGGUCCAUAUUCUCAUCAUCCUCAUUCAAGCACCGAUUUCCCUAUUUUUGGUUCUGGAUUACUGUAGUGCCCCGAUCAGCGUCAUGUCGUAUCUGCGUGGGUUACCUGCAGAGGAUUUGUCAAGAAGCAUUGGCUUCCUGGUGCCGUGCCACUCGACACCAGGUUAUGCGUAUCUCCAUCGGAGUGAACUCAGUGCGGGGAAAUGGUGGAUGCUGGGGUGCGAACCUCCGCUAAGGUUAGCUCUUCACUUAUUCUUCGUUUAUUCCAUUAAGCUACAACCGUUGUACAGAGGGGAAGCACUCGACACGUAUAUGGACCAGACCGACGUAUUCUUCCAAUCACCCAUCGAUUAUAUUGACCGAUAUUUCCCCUCGAAGGUCAACACUUCUUUUCCAGUAUCGCCUCAUCCUGCUUCCUUGCCUGGUACCAAAGACGACCAAUGGGAGCAUGAGUGGCCCAAACAUCUGGCAUUCUUCGGCCAAUUGUUAUCAUAUGACGGCGUAGAGUCACGGCUGAAGCAACUUGGUUACCAUGAAGUGUGGAGGAGGGGGAGAGACUGGGAAGGUGAAGGAAAGCGCAAGGGCGGCGUGCGUGUGUGGCGGUGGGAUUGA